AUGGCAGACCUGCAGAACACGCACACACAAGCCCUGAAGCUGAUCCUGUCCCUGCGAACAGGGAUCGAGCGCCUGGAACUCUCCCUGCAUGUAAGAAAUGGCCGUGCCAUCCCACUCGAUGGGCAGGUCAAAGACCUAGAGCGACAAUUGGAUCAACUGCAGCGCCUGGCGCAGGACCUGGAGUCGCAGUGGCGCAUGCAGGGUCUGCGCGAUCCCCCUGCGCGGCGCGAGGUCUGGAAGCGCAAGGUGGAGGCGGUGGUGGACGAGGCGGCUUCCUUGGGCCUCGCCCUCCGCCGCUGCUGCGAGGCCAGCCAGGCAAGGCAGGCCGAGGCGACGCAGCGCGCCGAGCUCUUCCAAGGCGCCUCCUCCUCGGGGCAGGUGCUGGCUGACAUGGACACCGCGGCGCGGCGCCACCUGGCAAGCAGCAAGCGUGUGCUGGAAGAGGCCUACGCCACGGGGGUGGGGGUGCUGGGCUCCAUGUCCAGCCAGCGCGAAACUCUCAAGUCGGCCCAGCGCCGGCUCCUGGACGUCAUCAACAGCGUGGGCCUGUCCGAUUCACUGCUCCGAAUGGCAGACCGGCGGCACCGCAUGGACAAGCUGCUGGCCUACGGCGGCAUGGCGGCCACGCUACUCGUGGUGGUCCUGCUCUACUGGUACCUGAAGAUGUAG